AUGGACACCAUGGGUCACGUAUUUAGUUUCCCGGCGCCAACUUUCAGUCUAACCGAGCUGGAGUGCCAACAACUCACAGAUCAACCCUUCACUUCCGAAUACACUCAACUACCGGUCCAACAAUCGACGUCGCCAGUUCCCGAAGAAAAAGUUGUCGUUCCCACGGAUCCAGUCAACUACAGUAAGAUUCAUUUCUCGUUCUUUAAAAAAUCGGGAAUAGCGAAUCAUAAAGAGACAAAGAAAGGGGUCGUAACGUUGUUUCGGAUCCGUCCAUUUCAUAUUUGCGAAUUUUACCAAUAAGGUUUUGGAAUUGCAUAGUGCGAUCUACUCUUUUUUUUAUUGUGCUGGACGGGUUCUUGGAAAUGGGUUUUACUGUUAGAGUAAUUUAGAGAUUAGUUUUAUAUAAAAUAUGCUACCGUAGACAUUUUUUCAUCUCCAUUCCAUAACUUGACGAACCACAUUUCCUCCGCACGGUACGGAAAUUUGACUGUUUUCUGCACAAAACAAAAUUCUUAACAGUUCCUUCAGUUUUUUUGAAAAUGCUUUUUUGUUAGUAAUUAUCGUAUCGUAUAAAAGUCGCUUGCACUCGGCCUGAUUUUGUACCCCAUAAUUCCAUUGCACCGCGCGAAAAUUCAAUUUUUUCUGAUUGCACUGUGCAAAACACAAAGUUCUUAACAAUCCUGUCAGCGCUGUUCACAAAUAACUUUUUAUCUCUAAGGGUGAUACUGUAGGGCUUAUCUUACCUCUGACAUGAUUCUUGCUCUUGAGAUUCUCUCGCACAGCGCAAAAUUUUCGCUUAUUGGCUGCCCAAGACAACGGUUUCAAGAUCAUAAUUUUGAUCUCUCAAUUGGAAUGCUCAUUAAAAAGUUACUACUCGUUUGCUAAGCGCCAUGUUACGCCCUUUUCGACCCACAUGAUCCACAAAUUCCGCUUGUUUACUUGUACUUUAAAAGCUUUCCAAUUCUCGCACGCAGCAAUAAAGUUUUGCACUUUUUUCGAUGAUUGAGUGUCUAUUGAUCACAAUCACAAAAGCACAACCUGAAACAUAACCUUUUAAGGGCCUUACAACGAGCGCUAUCGAAUUUUUUUGGGGUUUGAAUAAAAAUUCCAUUUAAUUUUGCGAUAAAAUUUUUUCCAAAGGCUGAUAAAAAAUGUAAAUAGUUUGGAAUUUUGAGUGGGAGAUAAAGCAAGUAAUAUAAAAGGAAUUAAAUCAGAGAUUAUUUCAGUCUUAUCGGAAAUGAAAAUUUCAGCACGAUGCAAACAUACCGAGGCCAAUGCCAGAUGUUUGGUGUGUGGCGAAGCGGUGUUAUAUCACAACUUUGGGAUCUCGGCGUGUAAUGGAUGGUAAGUAUUGCCUUAAAUGUAGCGGAGAUAAAGUUUAUAACUGUGCCUAAAAAUUUAAGAGACCAGAAAACAAUUUUUUACCAAAAACUUUUUUCCUUGGAAGGUCCGUUUUCAGGGUACUUGAUCUAACAAAGGAAAUCACAUUUUUCGCAGAUGUACUUUGGAACGGGACCUAGUAGAAUUCCAAACGUGAAGCUUCUGCGAUCAUAAAAUUGAUUUCCAAGAUGUGUUUACGGGGCUUCGCGGCCGAGAAAAUCGACCGCAAAGUUUAGCCGAAAUCAGCAAAUAGCUCCUCAAAAGAAAAAAUUGCGGUCGAUUUUCUCAACCGGGCAGCCCCGUAAAGACAAAUGGAAAAAAGUUUCAUGGUCGUGGAUGCUUUGAAACCUAAUAGGUCUCGUUCCAAAGUCCGUCUGCGAAAAAUGUGACUUCCCUUGUAGGAUGUUUUUUAAUCCUGCAGACAUGAUCCGAAUAGGUCGUUAAUCAAUUCCUAAAACUUUUAUUUGUCUCGCAUUUUUAACGACAGUCGGAGAAACUUUUCGGUCUUCUAUUCAAGAGAGCACGUGAAGUGGCACGAGUGGGGCAGACGGAAAACGGUUUUAGUCUAUAUCUUUUCUUACUGCGUGCUAAAAUUGGGGCUUUUAGCGAAAGCUUCUUUGCAUUUGAAAUCAAGGUUUGAAUUUGUAAACCGAAAUCACAAAAAGACGCCAACUUGUUUACAAAUUCAGACCAAAAAGCUCGGAAAUUUUAAAAAGAAAGUCAAAGUUGGGAAUCUCACGUAUGCUUUGCUCCAAAAUGACGCCAACUUUCCUCAAAUUCUGUUUGCGUCACCGCAAGCCACGUCCUUUUUCGUGACAGGUAUACUAAAAAAACAUUCUUUCAGUGCCGCGUUUUUCCGACGGACAAUUUUACAGAGGAAAAAAUACAUUUGCCGGGAGUUUGGGAACUGCCAGAUUUAUAUGAGUAAGUGGAAUUCUUUGCACAUUUUUUUGAAAAAAAGAUUGAUGAAUUUGUUUUCUUUUCAGCAAAAAACAAGCGUCGCUGUGCCUACUGUCGCUUUGAGAAAUGUGUAAAAGUUGGGAUGAACGUUUCAAGUGAGUUACUUUUUAUCUUUAUUCUACUGCAAAUUUGGGAGGAUGCCCGUAUUUUGCAAGUUAAAAGUAAAUGACUUUUUAUCAAACUAAAAAAUUUUAGAACUGAUGACCCGUUUAACUCGCGAAAAUGAUGAUCCCCUAAGGCAGUUGAUGUAUUGUCAUCGUGGUAUCUACACUUCAAGGAAACGAAAUGCCAUUAUUCAGCUGGGAUCUCUAGUUGUGAGUCCAGAAAAGACCCUAACUUACAUAAUUUUUAGAAACUCGAAUGCAUGGCAGAGCAGCCACGAACUUCUGCCUCGUUAAUUCAAGCAACUUUAGUGGAGAUCUCAGUGAUGAAGGAGUUCCUUCGGACCAGCAAUUUCAUCCCUUGUAACAUGUAUGAUACCAAAUUUGAGGUAAGUUGCUGAGAAAUUACGGUAGCAUCAUAUUACAGUAUUUCAAACCUUACCCAUUUAUAAUUACUCUCUUUGCAGGUUGCACCGUGCAUUUUCAAUGAUUUUGCGGUUAGUCAUUGCAAUGUACGUUGACUCUCAAGUUUAAUCUUUUUUUUCGUGCGCCGUGCAACUUCCUUCACAUUUUCGCCGUCGCACGGUGCAUUCGCUUCUUUGAAAAAUUUUUGGUUUUUUGACAUAGUGCGAACAGUUGAACGGGGUUGCACGGUGUGGAAGAGCAUUUUUGUACUUUUUGGAAACGAAGCGAAUCAAAAUUACAUUCAGUGCACGGUGCAAUUAGCAUUUUUAGGCCUUUUUUAUCUUUGCACUGUGCAGCAACAAAAAUUUCAAAAUUCUCUGACGCAAUAGAGGGGUUCUAAUAUAAUAUUUUGAAAAGGAAUUUGAAUUCAAACAUAUUUCGAACAAUCUGAAAAAAUUCCGCGACAAAAAGAUGCGCUUUGCACUGUGCAAUAGACUUUGCAAAUUAACUGCACAGUCCGUCAUAAUCGGCUCACUGCACGGUGCAGCGGCAACUUUUUAGAAUUUCUUGAAAUGAAAAAAAUUUACUAGAGGAUCACGAGGCUAUCGCAUAGUGCAAAACUAUAUAAGCUCUCUUCCGCACGGUGCAACGCGACUUUCUUUUUUUGGGGAAAAAUAUUUUUUCUUUCAUUUUUCUUAGAUUUUGCUGAUUUUUUAAGUUUAAGCUUUUUAUUUUAGGGAACAAUGUGCUCAACGUUACUACAUACCUGGCUAACAAUGCAUUCCAUUUUUGCGACCCGGUUUAACAAAGGAUAUACGAGUAGAAAACUGUAUUUUGUUGACAACAGUUACUUACAUGUGACCGAGGAAAGCGUUAUCGACUACUACAGCACGAACAAGAUGAUUUCCGACCCUAAAUUUGUUGGGAUGUAAGGACUUCAACCUUUUAUUCCGAAAAUUUUGAAUAUUCAUAUCUUUUACUUAUUUAUUUUUUUUUGCAUAUUCAAAUUUCAGCAAUAGCAUGCCAUUGUUGAAUAAAGUUCUGGAGGCGGCAAAAAAGUUGGACCAAUUCCAUGUAGAUGAGCACGAGUUGCUGAUACUGACGAUGUUGGUUGUUAUCCGAGCAAGUAAGUUGAAAAUGCACACUAAUUUGCAUAGAUAAAAUCAAAAUUACAAAAUUAUCGUUGUGAGUUGUAAAAUACGGCAUGCGUAAAUCCCCAUAUAAUUUUUUUUUCUCUGGGGGUCUGCUGCUUUUUUAGGGUCAAAAAAAUUAGUCUUCUAUUCGUGUUUAAGCACUUUAAUACUCUUGAAACACAAUGCCAAAAUUAUGCAAAAUUUGUGUGGAAUUCAGAAAUUCAAAUCUGAACUUCAAAGUGGCAUGAAUGGCAUGAAAAAUGAAUAAAAAAAUACAGUUGUAUUGUAUCCAAAAACGCCGACAGUUUCAAAAUUUGGCGGUAAAUUUGUAAUUCGAAUUUCACCAAACGCAAAAAUAAAAAUUUCAAUGUUUGACUGUUGACUUUUCAGGUAUUUGUCGGAUGGGCCAAUCCAAAUAUUUCAUGGAAUGGCAGAAUCGCUUGUUCAAGGAGAUCCAUCAAUUCUACAGUGGAAUUUAUGUGGAUAUUCCAAAACGACUAGGGGAAUUAAUGUUGUGUUUGGAGGCUAUUGAGGUAAUUUUUAAAUUUGUUCUUUCAAAAAAAAUUCUCAAUUUUUAAACUUUGGAGAUUUUUUGAGCUUUCAAAAAUUUUGAAUAUUCAAAUUUUGAAGAAUUUUCUGUGCAAAUCCUUACUGUUGUUUGAACAAUCUGUAAAAUGUUCAAGUCUUCUUUUUCAGACUGCCGAUAGGAACUGUGACAAGCUGGCCGUUCUAGUCCAGCUGAAUUACCGGAAAACUGAAGAUGUCGGGUAUAAAUUAUACGUGCGAGGUCAUGACGAAGUCAACUGA